GUGCUCAGGCAUAAGGGGGCAUUCUUCUCCUGCCUCUCAGGGAAGAGAAGGAGCUAUGGAUGCGCAGAGGCCUCGAGCACAGGCUGGACCCCGAGGGCCCCAUGGAAGAGAUAAUGAUGAUGAUAAGGACGACGCAGAUAACCUGAAUUUCCGGAAGAAUUUGCCUUCAUCAAGUCAGAAGACACCUACAAAAAAGGUUUUUGAGAAUAAAGUUAAUUCAGAGAAGGUGAAAUCCUCUCAUAUGACAUUCUCAAGUAAAAAUUACGAGUUUCUUUUUCAAGAGCCUUCAGAAAGUGAGAGUGAUGAGACUAUGUGGAAUGUCAGUGACUUUCCGCACAACGACAGGUGGAACAGUGUGGACACAGAGCCUGCAGGGCCAUCAAAGACUGUCUCCCCGGGGCUUCCUGACAUUGAAACUGUCUCUGAGAAGGAGCUGUCUCAGUUGUCUCAGAUUCAACCAUUAAUAUUCAACUAUUCUUCACAAUCUGCCAUGAAGGAUUGUUUGAAAACGCUCCAGAAAAAAGAAGAAUAUGAUAUCAUCCGUGAGUUUUUGGAGUUAGAAGAAAUGCCUCUGCUUGAUGACAUCAACUCUGGGAAUGAACUACUCAACAAAGACAAAAACAGAUACCGAGAUAUUCUUCCAUAUGAUUCAACACGUGUUCCUCUUGGAAAAAACAAGAACUACAUCAAUGCUAGUUAUAUUAGAAUAGUAAAUUAUGAAGAAGAAUAUUUUUAUAUUGCUACUCAAGGACCACUGCCAGAAACUAUAGAAGACUUUUGGCAAAUGGUUAUAGAAAAUAAUUGUAAUGUUAUUGCUAUGAUAACCAGAGAGAUAGAAGGUGGAGUUAUCAAGUGUCACAGUUACUGGCCCAUUUCUCUAAAGGAGCCAUUGGAAUUGAAACACUUCCGCAUCCUUCUGGAGAACUGCCAGAUAACUCAAUAUUUCAUCAUUCGAGUAUUUCAAAUUGUGAAGAAGUCCACAGGAAUGAGUCACUGUGUAAAACACUUGCAGUUCACCAAAUGGCCAGACCAUGGCACUCCUGCCUCAGCAGAUUUUUUCAUAAAGUAUGUCCGGUAUGUGAGGAAGAGUCACCUUACAGGACCCCUGGUUGUUCACUGCAGUGCUGGCGUAGGCCGAACGGGGGUGUUCAUAUGUGUGGAUGUCGUGUUCUGUGCCAUCGAGAAGAACUACUCAUUCAACAUUAUGAACAUAGUGACCCAGAUGCGAAGACAGCGUUAUGGCAUGAUCCAAACAAAGGAGCAGUAUCAAUUUUGUUAUGAAAUUGUGCUUGAAGUUCUUCAGACUCUUCUGGCUUUGAGUUAAGAAAGACUCUGCGCCUCUCACUUGAGAUUACAAGAAGCUCUGCUGAAGGGUUUGCUGCCCAUGCAAUUUGCCUUUGAUUUU